AUGCAUCAGGCGAGCCGUUUCCAUUUGUCAAAUUCUGUCUGCUUUCCAUUUACGCGUUCUCGGGGACGCAAUAGCGCGUCGGAGUCUAGCGGUUGCCGAGGCUUUGCGAGCAAUGCUUCAUCAAAUCGUUCGCCGGCCCUGGGGGAUUGGCUGUGCGUCUCAGACGAAGUUGCCGACGCUGUGGCCAAGAAUAAGCCUCUGGUGGCUCUGGAAUCCACCAUUUACACGCAUGGCGCGCUGUCAAAAGACCUUCCCUUGGAACAUGAGGAUCUUGUUCGGAGUCUCGGUGGUAUACCGGCAAUCAUUGCCAUUGUGGAUGGGUUGCCGACAGUAGGUGUGUCGGGCAAGGAGAUGAUGCGCAUCGUUGAGAGAGGAAACGCUGCCAAAGUUUCACGCCGGGAUAUCUCAUACCUCGUCGGCAUGGUUGUGCAGGGUGUUGCUGGUCGCAGAAUGCAUGGUGGAACUACCAUCUCGGGGACCAUGUUGCUCGCAAGACUAGCUGGUAUCAGGGUCUUCGGCACCGGCGGCCUUGGUGGUGUUCACAGAGGAGGUCAAGAUUCAAUGGAUAUUUCCGCAGACCUCACCGAGUUAGGACGUACACGCAUGGCUGUCAUUAGCAGCGGCUGCAAGGGAUUUCUGGAUAUUCCCAGAACAUUGGAAUAUCUAGAGACGCAGGGCUGUGUUGUUUCAACAUUUGCUGACGGCCGAGAAGGAAAAGUCGAUUUCCCUGCUUUCUGGGCCAGAGAUAGCGGCGUCAAGAGCCCGUCGGUCGUCAACACCGAGAAGGAAGCAGCAUCAAUGAUACUGGCACAGGAGCGACUUGGAAUCGAGUCGGGCCUCAUGUUUGCCAAUCCAAUUCCCGAGAAAUUUGCCGUACCCUCAGACGAAAUGCACGCGGCCAUCGAGCAGGCGGUGUCGGAAGCCAAUGAGAAACGCUUUACUGGAAGUGCCAACACGCCAUAUAUCCUGCAAAGACUCCGGGAGUUGUGUGGGGAGAGGGUUGUUUCGGCAAACAGGAAUUUGGCCACAGCAAAUAUUACACGAGCCACUAAUAUUUCUGUUGAGUUGUCGCGGUUGCUGGCGAAUGAGCCUCGGCCGGCGACAAGUUCCAAAGAUACAUUCAUGCCCCCACCGAGCCCAGUCUUUCUUAAAGCGCAAGAAACAACCAAUAGCAAGACUGACGUUCUUGUUGCUGGAGGCGUGGCCGUUGACCUAAGCUGUGAUUUCACCGGUUCCAAAUCUGGAGAUGCUUCGCCACAGGCGCAUACCUCUAAUCCCGCCUCCAUCACUCAGUCAAUUGGUGGCGUUGGCCACAACGUAGCUUUGGCUGCGCAUUUGGCGAGUAGCAAGACGAAGGUAGGCUUCUACAGUAUGGUUGCUGACGAUAUGGCCGGCUCGACAGUUAUUUCUUCUCUACGUCAAUCUGGACUGGACACCGCACAUGUCAAGAGGCUUCAAAGCACAAAACACGCUGGCAGCAGAACGGCUCAAUAUGUCGCCAUCAACGAUGCAAACCGGAAUCUUGUCAUGGCCAUGGCUGACAUGGGCAUCUUCACUCAAUACUCUUUCCCCGAGGAAUGGCGGUCAACGGUGAAGGUAACUUCACCAAGAUGGCUGGUAGUUGACGGUAACUGGAAUGCCAGCAGCGUCAGAGAAUGGGUCAGCAUAGGCAAAGACCACAACGCGAAAGUUGCAUUUGAGCCAGUGUCCGUUGCCAAAUCAAAAAGUCUAUUUACAAACCAGCGCGGCAUUCCCAAGCUCGACAUCUUUCCCCAUGCCAGCGUCGACAUGGCGUCCCCAAACACAUAUGAGCUGGCAAGCAUGUACGAAAUUGCAAAGGAGAACGGUUACCUCGACUCCCAAGAUUGGUUCAAGGUCAUUGACGCUUUUGGAAUGACGGGAGCCAGAGACCGCUUCGUAAGGCUCACAUCCGCAGACUUGACUGACGCAGGAGUUCCGGUGCAAUGCGUCAAUCUGCUACCUUAUAUACCCACUUUACUGACAAAACUUGGACCGAAUGGCGUCUUGUUGACAAGUAUUCUCGGUCGAGAUGACCCGCGUCUUCGAGACAGAGAUGCAGAAGAGUACAUACUGGCAAGGGCGUCACCAAACCACCCUACCGUGGGUGGAAUUUACAUGCGACUUUUCCCACCUGCGGAAAAAGUCGAGAACAUUGUGUCAGUCAAUGGGGCUGGAGAUACAUUUUUGGGCGUUCUUGUUUCCGGAUUGGCGCAGGGCGGGAGUGUGGAUAAGUUGAUUGAUGUGGCUCAGAUGGGAGCUGUGUUGACAUUGAAGAGUACGCAGUCCGUCAGUCCAAAAUUGAGGACAUUGGAGGAUAAGCUCGCAAAAGCUGUGUCAUUAAGAUAA